AGUCUACCAAGGCUGAUAACAUAGUUCUGACCAGAGGAGGAAGAUAGAGUGCAUUUAUUCAUUCCUGAAAGCUUUGUGGGUAGAUGUGCAUCUUUCUGUAAUCUGCAAUCUUAAAGUUUCACAGACUCUGAGCUGUACAGAGGUGCUAACCCUGAAGAACCUCUCCAGAAUCCAAGUGGCUGAAUCUUCCUUGCUGCUGCAGAGGCUCCAAACCACCUUUUGACAAUGGGAAACUGGGUGGUUAAUCAUUGGUUUUCAGGUUUGUUUCUGGCUGCUUGGUUGGUGCUGAAUGUUUUCCUGUUCGUGCGUGCCUUCCUGUCAUUUGAGAAGGACACCAAGUACUACUACACAAGACAAAUACUGGGGUCAGCGCUGGCGUGGGCCCGAGCCUCUGCUCACUGCUUGAAUUUUAACAGCAUGCUGAUCCUUCUUCCCGUGUGCCGAAAUUUGCUGUCUUUCCUGAGAGGCACCUGCUCACUUUAUAGGAGUACCCUGAGAAAGCAACUGGAUCACAACCUCUCCUUCCACAAACUGGUGGGAUAUAUGAUCUGCCUACACACAGCUAUUCACAUCAUUGCACACCUGUUUAACUUUGAACGAUAUAGCAGAAGCAGACAGGCCACAGAUGGAUCCCUUGCUUCCAUUCUCUCCAACCUACCUCAUCAGGAGAAUGAUUCAUGGCUAAAUCCCAUCCAAUCCUCAAACACAACAGUGGUGUACGUGACAUUCACCAGCAUUGCUGGUCUCACUGGAGUGAUCAUCACAAUGGCUCUAGUUCUAAUGGUGACUUCGGCUAUGGAAUUUAUCCGGAGGAGUUAUUUUGAGGUCUUCUGGUAUACACACCACAUUUUUAUCAUCUACUUCAUUGGCUUAGGAAUUCAUGGUCUUGGUGGAAUUGUCCGGGGUCAAACAGAAGAGAGCAUGGGUGAGAAUCAUCCUCACAUGUGUGCAGAGUUUUUUGAGAAGUGGGAUGAUCCUGCCUCCCACUGCAAGCCUCCCCAAUUUGAAGGGCUCCCUGCUGAGUCUUGGAAAUGGAUCCUUGCACCAGGCAUUCUUUACAUCUUUGAAAGGAUCCUCCGAUUUUACCGCUCUCAGCAGAAGGUUGUGAUUACCAAGGUUGUCAUGCACCCAUCCAAAGUUUUGGAAUUACAGAUGCACAAGCAUGGCUUCAGCAUGGAAGUGGGACAGUAUAUUUUUGUUAAUUGCCCCUCAAUCUCUUACCUGGAGUGGCAUCCCUUUACCCUGACCUCCGCUCCAGAGGAAGAUUUCUUCUCCAUUCAUAUCCGAGCAGUGGGGGACUGGACAGAAAAUCUCAUAAGGACUUUUGAACAACAGUAUUCGUCAGUUCCCAGGAUCCAGGUGGAUGGACCUUUUGGCACUGUCAGUGAGGAUGUUUUCCAGUAUGAAGUGGCUGUGUUGGUUGGAGCAGGAAUUGGGGUUACACCCUUUGCUUCUAUCUUGAAAUCCAUCUGGUACAAAUUUCAGCACACAGAUCACAACCUCAAAACACAAAAGAUCUAUUUCUACUGGAUCUGCAGGGAGAUGGGUGCUUUUGCUUGGUUCAAUGACCUAUUGGCUUCCCUGGAACAGGAGAUGGAGGAAUUAGGCAAAGUGGGUUUUCUAAACUACCGUCUCUUCCUCACCGGAUGGGACAGCAGCUUUGCUUGUCAUGCAGCACUAAACUUUGAUAAGGCCAAUGACAUCCUGACAGGUCUGAAACAGAAAACCUUCUUUGGGAGACCUAUGUGGGACAAUGAGUUCUCUACAAUAGCUACUGCUCACCCCAAGUCGGCGGUAGGAGUCUUCCUAUGUGGUCCUCAGACUUUGGCAAAGAGCCUGAGCAAAUGCUGUCACCAGUACUCCAGCCUGGAUCCUAGGAAGGUUCAAUUCUACUUCAACAAAGAAAAUUUCUGAGUUAUAGGAAUAAGGAUAGUAAUCUGCAUUUAAAUCUCUUCAUCUUCAACAAUUUACUUGAUUUGGUCAGGUUGAGGCAACCACUUAAAGACAGUAACAUGUUUCUUUCAAGCCU